AUGAUUUCCAAACAAAUUCUUAGCUGUUCGAGCUUCGCCUCCCGUCGGUGCAUUGUGAAAGCUCCAUUGACCCAAGUUGGUGUCAGAUUCAGGACUUUCAAUGCUGCCGAGCAACCAAGAAUCAGAAUCAACUCGAUUGUUCCAAACUUCAAGGCCCCUACUACUCUGGGAGACAUCGACUUUCACGAGUUUAUCUCUGGUUCUUGGACCGUCUUGUUCUCGCACCCAGCCGAUUUCACUCCCGUGUGCACCACUGAGUUGGGUGCCUUUGCUGCCUUGAAGCCAGAGUUCGAUGCCAGAAACGUUAAGUUGAUUGGUUUGUCUGCCGAGGGUGUCGAGAAGCACAAGGCCUGGGUCAAGGACAUUGAGGAUGUUUCUCUCGAAGGCAAAGAAUUCUCAUACCCUAUCAUCGGUGAUGAGUCCAGAGAGGUCGCUUUCCUGUUCGACAUGGUUGACGAAGAAGGUUUCAACAACAUCAACGGAGGACUCGUCCAGACAAUCAGAUCCGUGUUCAUAAUUGACCCAAGCAAGAAGGUCAGACUUAUCAUGACCUACCCUGCGUCCACUGGAAGAAACUCGGCUGAGGUCUUGAGAGUCAUCGACGCUCUUCAAUUGACCGACUCCAAGGGAGUUGUUACCCCAAUUGACUGGACUUCUGGAAAGGAUGUCAUUAUUCCUCCUACCGUUUCUGAUGAGGAUGCGAAGGCUAAGUUUGGCGAGUUCAGAAAGAUCAAGCCAUACUUGCGUUUCACCAAGGUUUAA